AUGAGAGCCAGCCUGGCCAUCGGAUACAUACCGACCGAUUGGAGAAGAACAAAGAUAACGUUUAUACCGAAACCAGGGAAAACAGAUUACUCCUCACCUAAGGCAUUCAGACCGAUAAGCUUAACGUCAUUCUUAUUAAAAUCUAUGGAAAAACAGAUAGACAGAUACAUGAAAGAUGUAGUAUUAAUAGAACGACCGCUAUCUCCUAGACAAUACGCUUUUCGCGUCGGACACUCGGUAGAAGCCGCGUUGCAUGGGAUAACGAGAUACCUCGAAGAUGCUUAUUAUAAUAGAAAAUACGCGGUGGCGUGCUUUAUGGAUAUAGAAGGAGCGUUCAACCAGACGCCGAAAGAAGUAUUUGUAAAAGGACUACUAGAUCAUAAUGUAAACGCGACAGUAGUAAGGUGGAUAGAAAAACUAUUAUCAGAUAGAGUUAUUACAACAGAAUUUGGCGACACGAGCGCAGAAGGACUGGCUAAUAGAGGAUGCCCGCAAGGGGGUAUUUUAUCGCCUAUACUUUGGUGUUUAGUGGUAAACAGCCUACUGGAACGUUUGAGAGAUAACGGUUUUCAAGUAUGGGGCUACGCGGACGAUAUAGCGAUAGCUGUAUCAAAUGUAGACAGCGGAACGGUGAAGAACGAAAUGAACAGAGCACUGAGAAUCGUAGAAGAUUGGUGCUCAGAAACCAGUCUAUCGGUAAAUCCCACUAAAACAGAAUUAAUGGUAAUAACGCGAAAAGUCAGGAAACUGAAUAUAAAAGGUAUAAAAUUCAACGGAGUACAACUGAAAAAAUCAGAGUCAGUAAGAUACCUUGGAGUUACCUUUACGAGCUAUCUGACAUGGAAGAAUCAGGUCGACAAAACGAUCGACAGAGCACGGAAAAAUCUGGCGACGAUCAGUAGAAUGGUAGGCGGAACGUGGGGACUGACCCCAGCGGCGGCCCACUGGAUAUAUAAUUCAAUCAUCCUACCCAGACUAACGUUCGGUUCGAUAAUCUGCUGGGAAGGACUACUAGAUCAUAAUGUAAACGCGACAGUAGUAAGGUGGAUAGAAAAACUAUUAUCAGAUAGAGUUAUUACAACAGAAUUUGGCGACACGAGCGCAGAAGGACUGGCUAAUAGAGGAUGCCCGCAAGGGGGUAUUUUAUCGCCUAUACUUUGGUGUUUAGUGGUAAACAGCCUACUGGAACGUUUGAGAGAUAACGGUUUUCAAGUAUGGGGCUACGCGGACGAUAUAGCGAUAGCUGUAUCAAAUGUAGACAGCGGAACGGUGAAGAACGAAAUGAACAGAGCACUGAGAAUCGUAGAAGAUUGGUGCUCAGAAACCAGUCUAUCGGUAAAUCCCACUAAAACAGAAUUAAUGGUAAUAACGCGAAAAGUCAGGAAACUGAAUAUAAAAGGUAUAAAAUUCAACGGAGUACAACUGAAAAAAUCAGAGGCAGUAAGAUAUCUUGGAGUUACCUUUACGAGCUAUCUGACAUGGAAGAAACAGGUCGACAAAACGAUCGAUAGAGCACGGAAAAAUCUGGCGACGAUCAAUAGAAUGGUAGGCGGAACGUGGGGUUUGACCCCAGCGGCGGCCCAUUGGACAUAUAAUGCAAUCAUCCUACCCAGAUUAACAUUCGGUUCGAUAAUCUGGUGGGAAGGCAUUCACAAUUGUAAAACACAAAUGAGACUGGAAAGUUUACAACAUGUAGGAUUAAAAAGAAUGCUCGGAGCAUUCAGAUACUCGCCGACGAGAGCAAUGGAAGCAAUGCUUGCAACCCCAACGUUAACAAUGAAAAUAGAGGAAGUAGCCAUUAGAACGGCAAAACUCCUGAAGGAUUGGAACAAGUGGCAACCGUCAAACAAGGGCCACUCGACGAUAAUGGCUGAAUUGAUACCUGAAACAGAAAAAGAUCUAUUAAUGACAAUAGAAACAACGACAGACAAAACAAUAUUAACUUACAGAUUCGGCAGAAAGUUUCGAACAGAUAUUCCUACGAGAGGCGAUUGGAAAAACGGAAGACCAUACAGAUACAAUGGUUGGAACACAUGGUUCACUGACGGAAGUAAAGACGACAAAGGAGAAACAGGCUGUGCCUGGGUCUCCGACGAAUUAACAAAUGGUAAAUCUGAAUAUCUAGGCAGAUUUGCCACAGUCUACCAAGCCGAAGUCGUAGCGAUCCUGCGAUGUGCAGAAGACCUAAUUGAAAGAAGCAUUAAACAUGAACACAUAGUUAUUUUCACGGAUAGUCAAGCGGCAAUCAAAACGAUGGAGAAAUCAUGCUAUAAAUCCACGAUAGCAUUGGAAUGUUUUGACCGAUUAAACGAACUGGCAGCGGUAAACAAAAGAGUAGUUUUAUGCUGGUGCCCAGGCCAUAGAGGAAUACCGGGAAACGAAGAAGCAGAUAGAUUAGCAAAAUUGAUAGUAGAAGAAAAAAGACCGGGACUGGAACCCUGGUUACCGGUCCCAUACGCAGACUUUAAACUUGAAUUGAAAAGAUUCUCACUCUCCAGAUUAAAGGAAAGAUGGUCAAACACAACAACGUGUAGACAGGGAAGAGAAAUGAUAGGCGAAAUAAACGUAGGAAAAGCCAGAGAGAUUCUGAAAAUGAACCGCGAAGAAUCGAGAAUCCUUACUUACGUAUUGACGGGACAUGCACCACUAAACUAUCACCUGUAUAAAAUGGGAGUAAAAGAGGACGGAAACUGCACUUGUGGAACGAACGAAAUGCAAACAGUAAAACACUUACUUAUCGAUUGUGACAGAUUCGUAAGAAAAAGAAGAGAGACAUUUGGUAUUCUGGACUUCAAAGAACAGCGAAUUGACCAACUACCUUACG